UCGAUUCAAAGAAAACCCUUUUAAUAAAAGAAGAAAGAAGAAAACAACCAACUUAUCAAUUUUGCAGUUUCUCAUUCUCUCUUAUCUUUCGUUUUUGGUACAUCGGAAUAGACUCUUAUCUUUCUGUACCUUCUCAUUUUCCCUUGCAACGAUCUCUAGGGUUGAAUGACAUCGUUUACUUCCAUGUUUGGCUCUCCAUAUUGCUCUCCCCCAUUCUUUGAUUGAACAAUUGGUUUAUUCUGUUGCAGCUCUUAACUUGAAAAUUAUUCUUCGAAUUAUAGAAAGUGAACAUAGGAACAGUUCGGAUUUGAAGUCAGAUGGGUAUAUGCUCUUCUUCGGACAAGGGAAACGGCAGAGGUAACAUAAAAAAUGACAGCGGCAGAAGGUCCGUCAUGGGCAGCGUUAGUGGCGAGCUGAGCUCAUUUUUCAGCAAGCUAAACGGCGGCGUCACUGGAAGCGGAGCAUUGGGCGGAGGGGGGAUGAAGGAGCGUGCUUGGCAUCAGAUUCCUGGAAGACUGUUUGCAAAUGGAUCGAGCGAUGUUGCGAGCUUGUUUACUCAGCAAGGAAAGAAAGGAACCAAUCAGGACGCUAUGAUAGUUUGGGAGAAUUUCUGUUCGAGAAUGGGAGCAACCUUUUGUGGAGUAUUUGAUGGACAUGGGCCUUAUGGCCAUAUGGUUGCACGGAAAGUUAGAGAUUCACUUCCACUAUUGUUGAACACCGAGUGGGAAGUCAUGUCUUCUGCCAAUCCAACCUGUGCCACCGUUGUGAAUGGGGAUGAUAUUGGAAAUUCACAACUUGAUGAAUUCAUCGAUGAUGAUUUGUGCGAAUCAACAGAGGAAGCUGAGAAAUUCCCCGAAGUGCAUGUUCCACUUAAGCAGUCAAUAUUAAAGGCAUUCAAGUCUAUGGAUAAAGAGCUCAAAUUGCAUCCCACUAUUGACUGUUUUUGUAGUGGGUCAACUGCUGUUAUAUUGGUGGUACAGGGACAGGAUAUCAUAGUUGGAAAUGUUGGUGAUUCAAGAGCUAUACUAGCAACAAGAGAUAAAGACGACUCAUUAAUGGCUGUUCAACUGACAGUAGAUUUGAAGCCUAACCUUCCAAGAGAAGCUGCUAGAAUCCAGAAAUGCAAAGGAAGGGUUUUUGCAUUGCAAGAUGAACCAGAAGUUGCACGUGUAUGGUUACCCAACAGUGAUUCACCUGGACUUGCAAUGGCUAGAGCAUUUGGUGACUUCUGUCUUAAGGAUUUUGGUUUAAUUUCCAUUCCAGAUGUAUAUUACCACCGCAUAACUGCCAGAGACGAAUUUGUUGUCCUUGCAACUGAUGGGGUAUGGGAUGUUCUGUCAAACAAGGAAGUAGUAGAUAUAGUGGCGGCCUCUGCUCCUGCAGGUCCCUCCUCAGCUUCCAGAGCCCUUGUAGAGUGUGCGAAUAGAGCGUGGAGACUAAAGUACCCCACUUCCAAGAACGACGAUUGUGCGGUUGUGUGUCUCUUUUUGAAAAAAUUGUCGAUAGCUGUACAAGAGCCUCACACGAUCUCGACUACAAAUGAUGAUGAUGAUGUUGAUAAUAAUAUUAAAAAGUGUGGUGUUGGUGUAUUUGAACAACAACACUCUGGUGGUGGUGAAAUAGUGGCUGUUGAAGAGAAUCCAACUAAAGGUACAAGGAGCAGCGGCGGUGUUGCCCAUGAUCAAUCAAAGAGAAGCCUAGCCGAGUGCCUUUCAACUGGGGAUGAGGAAGAAUGGUCUGCUCUUGAAGGUAUAGCCCGGGUGAACAGUCUACUUAGUAUUCCUAGGUUGUUGUCUAGUGGUGGUGGCGAUAAAGGUUCAUCUAGUUGGAGGAAAUGGUUCUGAGACUGACUGACUGGUUGCACCUCCUGUUGGUUCUAAAGUUUGUUGGUUGUACAAAUGAAAAUGUGAAUGCAUGCAUGGCUUUUGCAAGUAGCGUAUCUAAAAAAGGCCUUGAACGGUUAGGGAAUGCGUUACUUUUUGUUCCUUUCCCAUUGUGUCAUUAUCGUUUUUGGGUGCUAACGGUUUGUAUUACUUAACACAACUUAUAUAUUUUUAAGUGAACUUUUGUAAUCACUGCUGCUCUGGUUCGUGUGA